UAAAUGUAUAAAAACGACAUAUACGUUUAUAUACAUUGGCAAACCAUCAAAAAAAAUGUUAAAGUUUACUCCCACUAACACCACCACCACCACCACCACCAACAACAACAUGAAAUCACACGCCUCAAACAAAUAAUGUAUGAUGAUGAUUGUGUAUAUUGUUGUGAUAUCGAUGGCAUUGAAGACUUACGUGUUUAUGUCUAUGUCUGCUCUUCAUUUAAUUUCACUUUUCAUAUAUGAUAUAGCUGUGUUGUUUAUCUCUACACAUACAUAUAAUAAUAAUAUCUCAUCAUUUUGUGUGAAUACAUUGAAGAAGAUUUGAUCUUAGUAUUCGCCACCAUUAUUUAAUCGUCAUCAUAUUCCGUUUUUUUGAAGAAAACAAAAACAAAAAAUCCAUAAUUGAAAUUGAAAUACAAUUAAGAUUAGAAUCAAUUAUUGAUUAUGAUGAUGAUAUAAUCUUCAGCUGAUCGAUAAAUAAACUUGUUACAACUGUAUUGUGUUGUUCUUUUUGGUUUUGAUUUCAAAUAUUUUUGUCAAUUGUCCAAAAAAAAAAAAAAAAUCAAAUUAUUCGCCAGUAUUUCUUGACAAACAAUAAUAGCCAUAACAAAAGUCGAUUUGUGACAAUGAAUAAAAAAUUAUUGGAAAUUUUUUUCUUUUGUAUUAUGACAAUUUGAAAAAGAAUAAACAAAAUCUAGGUUUUCAAAGAUGCCAUCUGCUACUAAACAAGAACUUCAUUUAGCCAAAUCUCUUGAUGAAUUGAAGAAAAGAUCUGAAAUAACAAGAUUCGGCAAAACAAAUAUCGAACGAAUAAUUGAAUUUUCAAAUAAAUUUUAUCAUGAAGCAACUAUUCAUUUGCAAAAAGGUGAUAGUGAACGUGCCUAUAUGUUUUUCCAUCGUUUUUCAACACUUCUUAGUUAUAUUCAUAAUGAAAGUGAUAAACAGAAAUUCCUCAAUGCUCUUGGUAAUAAGGCAACAGAGGUAUUCGAAAAAAUGAAAUAUCUUACUGAUGAACUUUCCGAACGAUAUGCUGAAAAACAAAAAAGCUAUGAAGAUCGUAAAGCACAGCUAUUUAAGCAAACAACAUCAAUACCUGGAAACGCUGUUAAAGUAGAUCCUUUCGAUGUUCAAAUGGAUGACGAUGAUGAUGAUGAAUGUUAUCGGUCAAUUGAUUGUAAACGAUUAAUUCAACAUAUACAAUCAAUGUCAGAAAUAAAUAAAAUUCUUAUAAUCGAUAUUCGUUCAGCAGAAAAUUUUACCGAUUCAUCAAUCGCUGCAAAUAAACUUGCAACCACCGGAGAGGUCAACAUUAUAAACAUUCCAAAUGAUAUUAUUACAGCCGGUCUAACAUUAUCACAAUUGAAAAAGAAAAUAUCAUUCGGUGUUGCCCAAGAUGGCAUCGAACGGAGACGUUCAAUGGAUAUGGUUAUAAUUGUCGAUGAAAAAACCGUAGAAUUUGAUAAAAAAUUUAAAAGUUGUUUGUUGGCCGAUGCUUUUUGGAAGUGGGAUCAAUCACCUGAUAAAAUCAAAAAUAAACCAUUAUUAUUACAAGGAGGAUAUCGCGAUUUUAUACUUACCUAUCCGAUGUACACAACGAAUCCGAAUUCAGUAUCCAAUUAUAAUCCGAUGACGACAUUAUCAUUUGAUAGACCUAACCCAGAAUUUAAUUUGUACAAUUUUCUUGACGAAGAUAAUAAGCCACCAUCAUCAUUAAUGAAUAAUAGACAGCCUGCUAUAUCAACAACGUUAAACGAAAAUAACGUUAAUUUCAAUUCAAUUGCAUCAAAUGCUCUCGAUAAUAAAUCGAUGAAGUUUCCUGGUAUUGCUCGACCAAUCAUGCCAGAUAGAUCAUCAAAACCGAUAGAUAAGAUGCCAUUAAAUGGUAGUACGAAUCGAAUGAAAACAUUCAUCGAUAGACCGGCAUCUGAUAUGAAAACUACUUCCAUUAGCCAAUUACCCAAGGCCAAUCGAUCAAAUCUUCCUCCUAAGCCAGUUUAUUUACUUUCUUCGUUACAGAAUGGCAACAAGACAAAUGGCAGUCUGGAAAACAAUCAAGGUGAUAGACAAACAGACCAUGAUGAUGAUGUCGGCAAAUUUGUUGAAUCUGAUAUGGAAAUGGUCGAAAAUUCGUUAAAUGUCCGUGAACAACAAAAUGAAGUAUUUCCAAUGGAUGAAGAAAUGUCCGACUAUGAAAAUCAAAAUAGCAAUAAUCAUAAUCAAAAUGAUAGCGAUUCCGAUAAUGAAUCGAUAGCGAAUUCGAUAUCAAAACCUUUGGAAAUGAAUAAUAUGAAUAACAAAAAUGAUCGUCAUAAUAAUCAACCAUUUUCAUCCAGUCUAUCUCGAUCUUUAUCAUCACCGAAUAUAGCUCAAUUUGAACAAAAUUUUCAUUUCAACGAUACGACAAGCCCAUUAACAAAUUCAAGUAGUCCAAAAUUUCCACCACAAAUACCGUUAGUUGAUCGAUCGGCAAAACCAUUUGCGAUUAAUUUUCGAAAAACUCGUGAUUUUAGUCCACAAUUUAGUUCAUGUGCACGAAUCGCCGGCCUUCGAAAUCUGGGCAAUACAUGUUUCAUGAAUUCUAUGCUUCAGUGCCUAAAAAAUACGAGAGAAUUCUAUGAAUUUUUAAUCGCUGGAAAUGUUCACAUAAAUCUGAAUUCCAAAUUCGGUUCAAACGGUGAAUUGACAAUCGAAUUGAUAGAACUAUUCAAGCAGAUGCGUUAUCCUUCCAACUUCAAACACAUUUCUCCGAAAGAUUUCAAAUGUGCUGUUAGUCGUCAUAUACCAGAUUUUAUUGAUUAUAAACAACAAGAUUCACAUGAAUUUCUCGUACGGCUAUUGGAUCGACUUCAUGCUGAUUUGAAUCGAAGUAAACCGGACAUCAUUCAUGAUCCAAUUCAUAAGGAUCCAAAUUUCUAUGAUAAACUAUCGAUUGCCGAAGCAGCGCGAACCUUUUGGUCACUUCAUAUUCGACGAAAUGAUUCAUUCAUAAGCGAUAUAUUCGAAGGAUUGAUUGUCAGUACAUUAACUUGUCUGCAUUGUAAAUCAUCAUCGAAAUCAUUGGAAGCAUUCACAUGUCUCACAUUACCGAUACCGGAAAAUGCUGGUCGAACAACAUUACAGAAUUGUAUUAAUUUAUUCCUACGUGGUGAACUAUUAUCAAAUGAAGUUGCAUGGCAAUGUCAAUCAUGUAGACAGAAAAGAGAUGCACAAAAAUGUACAUAUAUUUGGAGAUUACCACGGAUUCUGAUUAUUCAUUUAAAAAGAUUCACUUAUGAUGGAAUGUGGAGGCAAAAAAUAUCAAAUUUUGUCGAUUUUCCCAUUGAACAUUUAAAAAUGGAAACAACUAAUGAUGAAAUUCGUGUGUUUAGUCUUUACGGUGUGGUCAAUCAUUUUGGAUCAUUAGAAGGUGGUCAUUAUGUUGCUUAUUCCAGAAAUCGUGAAUUGAACAUUGAUUGGCAUCGAUAUGAUGAUCAGGAUGUAUCACCGAUGUCUGCUUCUGAUGUUGUCACACAGAAUGCCUAUGUCUUAUUCUAUAGAUCAAAAUGAAUCAAUGAUUUCAUGAGAUUGAUUAAAUUUUUCAAUGAGCUGAAUCCUAUUUCUUAUAUUAUGAAUGGAAAUUUCCUUUGUAAGCCGAUAAAAUAUUUAAUCUGUUUUUUUUUUUUUUUGGUUUUUAUUUAUUAUUAUUUGUUAUGUAUUUCCUAUCCAUGAUGAUGAUAUCAUAUUCCUUAACUCAUUGAUUUGUAGAAAUGAUUUUUAAUUGAUUGAAUGAUUCACAAAAACAUUGUAAAUGACUUGAUUCCAAUAAAUUCAAAUUGCGGUAAAA